AUGUCCACACCUGCUGAUUUCAGAUUGCUGUGUAGAAGGGAGGAAUUCACCUCUCAUACCUCUGGAAUACUACCCAGUUAUAUGCAGGCCAAUUUAUUGAUACUGCCCGGUGCAAUUGCAAAAGAUUUCGAAGACUUGUGCCAUAGAAACCCUGUACCUUGUCCCCUACUGGCGAAAACUGAGCGUAGUUUCGAUAAGUUGGAUAAUGUUUCCCUAAUAACCCAUUCCGACCAUGGAUUUGAUAUUCGUACCGACAUUCCAAAAUACCACAUCUUCCAAGGAGGAAGACUUCAAGAAAAGUCAAACGAUUGCAGGAUGUACUGGAGGGACAAUUAUGUAGGAUUCCUAAUUGGUUGCUCCUAUUCCUUUGAAGGGUCUUUGAUCAGUGCUGGUUUACCACCCAAAAACGCAGUUCUUGGCCAAAAUGUCUCUAUGUACAAGACCACAAAAUAUAUGGAUGCCAGUGGUAUUUUCGCACGAUGUCCUUACGUAGUCAGUAUGCGUCCUUAUAAGGAAAAGGAUUUGGACGCUGUAAGAAGCAUCACAUCUGAAUACAAAUUGACGCAUGGAGGUCCCAUCGACUGGGGGUUUGACGGUGCAAUUAGAUUGGGCAUCUCGGAUCUCAGUAAGCCGGAAUAUGGUGAUGCAAUCGACAUAGAGGAUGAUGAAAUUCCUGUCUUCUGGGGAUGUGGUGUUACACCACAUUUAGCGAUAGAGACUGUCGGUCACCUAAUCGAAGAACCCGUUAUUACCCAUGCCCCAGGCUGUAUGUUAUUACUCGACACUACGUAUAAACAAUUUUCUGAAUCUUGA